AUGGCCAACAUCAUCGAAGUCUCGGUUCCUAGUGUGGAAAGGCCAUUUGGCUUGCACUUGUGGCCCAUAUUCAGCUAUUUCUUUGAAAAAGUAAGUGGUUACCCCGCGGAAAAAUUCCAGUUUAUCCACCACGAAACUUUCUUGGCAAAUGGUUAUCAUGCUAUUGGUAUCAUUAUCGUGUACUACAUCAUUAUUUUUGGUGGAAGAUCGUUAAUGAACAAGUUGAAUGCGCCGGCUUUCAAAUUAAACUUUUUGUUCCAGAUCCACAACUUGGGAUUAACUUUGAUUUCGUUGGCAUUAUUGUUACUUGCCAUUGAACAAUUAAUUCCCAUUUUGUAUCAUCAUGGUCUCUUUUAUGCCAUCUGUGACAAAAAUGCAUUUGCUCCCAAGUUGGUCACGUUGUACUAUUUGAACUACUUGACCAAGUAUUUAGAGUUGAUCGACACGAUAUUCUUGGUGUUGAAAAAGAAAAAGUUGAUGUUUUUGCACACCUACCACCAUGGAGCCACUGCAUUGUUGUGCUACACGCAAUUGACCGGAUCCACCUCGGUCGAAUGGGUACCAAUCACGCUUAAUUUAGCAGUCCACGUCGUGAUGUAUUGGUACUAUUUCUUGAGUGCUCGUAAUAUUAGAGUUUGGUGGAAAGAAUGGGUUACUAGAUUCCAGAUUAUCCAAUUUUUGAUCGACUUGGUAUUUGUCUACUUUGCAACCUACACCCACUAUGCAUUCAGAUACUUCCCAUCGUUACCCCACGUAGGUGAUUGUUAUGGAUCUGAAUUGGCAGCUGCUUAUGGUUACUUGAUCUUGACCAGUUACUUGUUGUUAUUUAUUUCUUUCUACAUCCGCGUCUACAAGAAAACCGGCAAGAAAGCAGCGCCAAGUGAAAAAGCCGGUAAGACGCUGGCUACCGCUUCUGGUGUUAGCACUGGAGAUUCAAAAGUGAAAUCAAGAAAGGCAUAA